AUGGCGCAUACAAUGAACUUACCAGCGGUUUGCGAUUCUAGGGAGUGGGAAGUAGUUGCUGACCCUUACGACUUUACAGCAUUUGUCGAUUCGGAUUCCGAUCAUGAGUUUACUCCUAAGUCGGAUAUCUCUAAAACCUUAAGCGCAUCGACCUCAACGUUAGUGGUAUCGUCGCAUAUCGUUCAGUCCGCAGUUACAGAGACCGAAAUCUUCAAGACCCCUUUCAAAAGGCUUUCGACGCCUGCAACACUGUUACAGGGUACUGAGCCUACAGUUACAGACACCCGCGAGAGCUCUUCGAACGUGACAUCAGAUGAACCUUGCCUAAAAGAUGCUGAAAACAAGACACCAUCCAAGAAUACACAGGCUAAUUCUAGUCAAUCAUCCACCGAGCAACCUUACAUCGCGCAAUACAGAGUCGCAGAGACAAUCCAAGUGCCUUCUGAGGUUGAUUGCACAUCUGAGACUGUGGCAUUCAAGGCAUGCUCUCAAUCAGUUCAGCUUGCCGACAUCAAGAAUUCCGCCGGAUUAUCGAAAGUGGUUCUGUCUCACGACCAAGGAAAAUUCGAGAAUCUGAAAGCACAAAACCGCUCAGGGCAUCCUCCGGGGCUAAUCACUCUGCUAAGUCUGCACCGGCGGACUGUAAGAGUACAUCCAAACUGUGCGACCUACAAGCCUCCGGAAAAAUCCAAAAUCAUCCAAAGCUGCACAGGUUGCAGCAGCACAUACGAAGGACUUAGAUACCAGAAGCUAUUCGUCGUCGAAUUCUCCAUCGGAAAAACCAUCGGUCUCUACUCAAAAUCGACAGACGGAUUCAAGGCAUCUGCACCAAAUUGGGCUCCCCAGUUUAUUCAAGGACUUUUUACUAAGAGUACUGCCACCAAAACAGGAGGCUCACACGCAAAGAUGCAGCCUACAGAAAGUUCACUCGAGUGCUACAGCUUAGUCCUCCAAAAUGGGUUGACAUUGGAACAAUAUCGAGAGCUUACAGUGCCGUUUCUUAAGAGCUGCAACAGAUUCGUCUUUACUCUCAAUACCAACGAUCCCGUCGGCGUCGAAUUCCAGAAACAGCUUCUCAUCUACCGCCACUCAGCAUUACGCCAGGCCGCUAUUCAGGAUCUCACUAUCAUCUUUGGAAAGUCGCAAAAGGAUUAUAGUCUCUUCUUAGAGCGGUUCAUCAAUGGAAAUUUCCCUCUCACUUCGAUUAUGAUUCGUUGGCUUCCGCGGGCUGCAGAGACGAGCCAGGAAGAGGCGUGGUUAACGUAUUUUGUGACGAAAAGACUUGAGAAGAGAGAGAGUAUCAAGAGCCAACGCGAGAAGCUAGAUUGGAGAUAUGUUUCCAUUCUUAAAGUUGGCCAGCGCGUCCAAGGAAAAUUGGGCACUCACAUUAUCUGGAAGCAACUUUAUAAGGAUGUCUGGACGGCUACGAGCUUGCAUCUUGGUAAGGUAGUCAUCAAGACCGCACCAAAACAUCGUUUAAGCAACGAACGUGAUAUUCUCAAGCGUUUUCAGAGCCAGCAGGAGUUCCGCCAGUUGAUGGACGAGACGAAUGACCCGCCAUCUCUUGUAUUGCAACGCUUUGAUGACAAUCUACUGAAUCGAGUCCUUGAAGCGUUGCAAGGGUUACACGACAAAGGCUACGUACAUACCGACAUCAAGCCCGAUAAUAUUCUCAUCAAUUGUUACAGUGCCUCUCAUCGCAUCAAAGAUGUGGUAUUAGCAGAUUAUGGCGAUGCGUGCUUACUGAACGACCUCAAACCAGAGGGGAAUGAGCACAUAAUCGGAGCUCAUAUGUUUAGGAGCCCUGAAGCUAUGCUGAACAUGCGAUGGGGAACUGCCACUGACAUAUGGUCUUUUGGCGCAACCCUCAUAAGUCUCAUCUGGGGCAAUGGAUGGCACAUCUUCAAACCCGACCCGAAGGAUGCAAAACCAGACGACCCCACCUAUCCCAACCAUGUCUUCGUGAAACAGAUUGCGUAUUUUGGACCUUUUCCACUUAGCUACUUUGAUAUUUUGCCAGAAGAUGACGAGAGAUGGGAGAUGGUAGGUGAUUCGACUUAA